CUUCACAAUGGACACCAAUGUAAAGGUCUUCUUUUUCAUUUAAUAUUUAUUUAUUUUUUAUAAUACUUUAAAGUAAAUUUUGUGAAUUUAACAAAUAAAGAAUUUCUACAGAAUCUAAAUAGAUGAACUGCAAAAUGUCAGAGCACCAUGUGAGAUUUGACCAAGCUGCUGCUUCCGAUCCAGGAAACGUUGAAAAACAAAUAUCAUUCCAAAAAGUGGGACCAAAAGACAUAUUAGUUCAUUUAGGAUUCUUACAAAUUGACCAUCGAUACAAAAUAACUUUCUGCAUCCCCAAAUCAACCCUCGACAUACCAAAUCUGAUACCCGAUGCAAACAAAUAUUUCAAAGCAAUUUGUGAACACAUUGUUGAAGAAGUGAUUACUUUGAGUAACUUGGAUAAUUUUAAAGAUAUAAGGAUUAUUUUAAGAGCUACUAUCAUCGGUAAAGGUAAAGGUACUCCGAUGGUUAGGAAAGGAGUUAAAUCAGUUGAAGUUAUGGAGCACAGUGAAUCUGAUAGUUGA